AUGCCUUCUGCCCUAACCUGGGGGCUGGAGCGAAUCCUAGACCAGCUCCCUUACCUGGUGCUGAGUGAAGGUGUGGUGCUGGUGACACCUGGGAAUCAAGAGACUGACAAGCAGAUGGCCAGCACCAUCUCUGAGCAGAGCCGGGACCCCCGGGUCCUGCUUGGGGCGCUGUGCCGCGGGGACGCUUCCGCGGAGCGCGUGGAGACGCUGCGCUUUCUUCUGCAGCGACUCGAGGACCAGGAGGCGAGCGGGGGCGGCGGCGCGCGAGGUCGCGGCCAGCGCCGGCGCCUGCUGAGGGCGGCGGGCGCGGCCCUGCGCUCGUGCGCCCGCCUCGCCGGGGGCCCGCAGCUGGCGGCCGCGCUGGCCGAGGAGGCGCUGCGCGACGUAGUCGCCGUGGGGCUGGCGCCCGGCCUCGAGGGGGCCUCCGAGGCGGCUGUGGAGGUGCUGGCGGCCGUGGGCCCCUGCCUGCGGCCCCGCGAAGACGCGGCGCUGCUGGAGCGGGUGGCGCAGGCCGCCCUCGGCCUGGCGUUGGGCGGGGACGAGGCGGGGCCGGCCGAGGAGGCGGCGGCGCUGGUGGCCGGGCGGCUGCUGCCGGCCCUGGGCCAGUGCGGCGGGGCGGCGCUGCGGGCCGUGGGGGGCGGGCUGGUCGCGCCCGGGGCGCCCUCAGGGUUGGGCCUCGUGGGGCCGCAGCUGCUGGUGCUCAGCGCCCUGGCCGAGAAGCUGCUGCCCGAGCCCGGCGCGGAGCUCUUCUGUAGGACCGUGCAGGCCGGGCUGGCCCAGGCCGAGGACGCCCUGACGCGCAAGCGGGCGCGCUACCUGCUGCAGCGCGCGGUGGAGGUGUCGGCGGAGCUGGGGGCGCAGUGCGCGUGCGCCCCCCAGGAAGGAACUGGCCCAAGUCUGUGUUGGUGGUCUGAGAAGGAAAAAGAUGAGCUUCUAAAGUUUUGGGAAAACUAUAUUUUAAUUAUGGAAACUCUUGAAGGAAAUCAGAUACAUGUUAUAAAGCCAGUUUUAUCAAAGCUAAACAAUCUGUUUGAAUAUGCAGUGUCAGAGGAAAAUGGAUGCUGGCUCUUCCACCCAUCCUGGCACCUGUGUAUUUAUAAAAGAAUGUUUGAAAGUGGAAACAAAAUCCUGACCAAAGAAGGCGUUACCCAUUUUUUGGAGCUGUAUGAAACAAGGGUUCUCCCAUUUUCACCAGAAUUUUCUGAGGCUGCCGGCCUCAUGACCAGUGUGAAAAAGCAGCUGUUCGGUGUCAGUGUUCUGAGCAGAAGUCAGCAGCAUGAAGACUGCGCCAGAAGCUUGUCGGCGGUCCUGUUCCACGGUCCUGAGUCUCUGAAGUCUUGCUGCCUGUCUAGUGAUGCCGCUCCCCUAGUUCUGAUUUAUCAUCAGACCGUUGAUGGACGCACUUUCAGAGAGCUCUCCGUAUUGCAGGUAGUUUCCUGUUAAAGUUUAUUCAGAGGAUGACAAGUAGACAUUGGUGUGCUGUCCCCAUUCUGCUUCUGUCUAAGGCUUUGGCAAACGUCCCAAGAUGUAAAGCCCUGGGUAUAGAAGGCCUUCUCAUCCUCAGUCAUGUGGCAAGUGGAAUGAUGUCUACCCAAGAAAGGAACGGGAACAGAAGGCAUCAUGGGGCACGAUGGCAUCAAGAAGAGCUGCUCACAGUCAGAAGAGGCACAAGCUGACUAGGCUGAUAGCCCUGAAAUGUCCAGCACUACAUCUGAAGCAGGGGUUGGAAAACAGGGAGAGAGAGAGGAAUUUCAUAAGCAAAUCAAGAUAACUGGCAAAAUUUUGAGUUUUCUGAGGUCUUUUGGAAAAUCUUCAAACUUCAUCUGUGAGGUCUGAAGGAGGUCCUGGUGUUCAGGCAGUAGAAACACACACUGCUCCUUUCCAGUGUCCUAAUCAGUGAGAAGCACAGGAUAUUCAAAUAAUUGAGAAGAAUACAACAGCAGCAGUGACAAAACAAUGACACACACUGUCAAAUCGCUCACCAGUGAAGAACAACACAACUCUAUGUAAAACUGUCUGACCUCAUCAAAAUUGUGCAGAUAAUAGGAAACAAUAUAUGACAAAAGGCUUCUGCUAUUGUCCUAGGCAGAAAGACCAAAGUAAGUAGAAAUAGAUUUUACAAAUUAUUACAUAUACAGUGUCAAAUAAAAUUAAUUCCAGUAAAUCCACAUAUUUAGAUGAGAAUAUUUAGAAUGAAAGGUGAAAUUCUGUGUUUCAUGUUACUUUAGCUUAAUAGCACAGAAGACCUUGUGUUCCCCACUGUUCCAACCUAAUCUCCAAGUGGAAGCACAGCUGUUUCAGGGUGGAGUCUCAACUGUGUGCACUUUCCUGUUUUCACCCUCCUUGAUCAGAAAUUAGCUUAUUAAUUUUUAUGUUUUAUUAUUAAAAGUAUAACUACCAUCUAAACUGAAAAGGCAAACUAUCGCCAGCAUUUCUACACAGCUGGACCAACAGGUACCACUGCAACAGUGAGUCAGACUGAGGCUUGUUAGUAUGUACAUGAAGAAAAUUUAAAAGUUAAGUAUUAUUUCAAGUAAGCUGGAGCUUUUAAAAAAUGCAUAUACAAAAAUGGGCAAAAGACCUAAACAAGCAAUUCUCCAAGGAAGAAAUACAAAUGAUCAAUAGGCACAUGAAAAAAUGCUCAAUAUCACUAAUUAUCAGAGAAAUGCAAAUCAAAACUACAAUGAGGUAUCACCUCACACCAGUCAGAAUGGCCAUCAUUCAAAAGUCCACAAAUGACAAAUGCUGGAGAGGCUGUGGAGAAAGGGGAACCCUCCUACACUGCUGGUGGGAAUGCAGUUUGGUACAGCCACUGUGGAAAACAGUAUGGAGAUUCCUCAAAAGACUAAGAAUAGACUCGCCAUAUGACCCAGGAAUCCCGCUCCUGGGCAUAUAUCCAGAAGGAACCCUACUUCAAGAUGACACCUGCACCCCAAUGUUCAUAGCAGCACUAUUUACAAUAGCAAAGACAUGGAGACAGCCUAAAUGUCCAUCAACAGAUGACUGGAUAAAGAAGAGGUGGUACAUUUAUACAAUGGAAUACUACUCAGCCAUAAAAACAAACAACAACACCAUUUGCAGCAACAUAGAUGCUCCUGGAGAAUGUCAUUCUAAGUGAAGUAAGCCAGAAAGAGAAAGAAAAAUACCAUAUGAGAUUGCUUAUAUGUGGAAUCUAAAACAAACAAAGAAUCAAACAAAGCAUAAAUACAAAACAGAAACAGACUCAUAGAUAUAGAAUACAAACUUGUGGUUGCCAAGGGGGGGAGAGUGGGAAGGGAUAGACGGGAUUUCAAAAUUGUAGAAUAGACAAACAAGAUUAUACUGUAUAGCACAGGGAAAUAUAUGCAAGAUCUUAUGGUAGCUCACAGAGAAAAAAAGUGACAAUAUAUAUAUGUUCAUGUAUAAUUGAAAAAUUGGGUUCUACACUGGAAUUUGACACAACAUUGUAAAAUGAUUAUAAAUCAGUAAAAAAUGUUAGAAAAAAGCAAAUACAUAUUAUAAAUAACAUUAGCAAUUGAGAUGUAGAAAUUAACAUACAGGCAGCUAUAAAUAAUGCAAAAUGUGUGUAGUUCUAAAGAAAAAAUGCAAAAUUGUUUCAUAUCUAACAAAGAUGCUCAUUUUCUUUCUGGCACAUUUAGAGAUUAAUUUUUAUUCUUUUUCAUUGCUCAAAAUCUGGAUGUGUGAAACCUAAUACGUAUUUUUAAAAUGCACUCUGUAAUACAAGCUUUGUUUUCUACAAUAUUCAGCCAGGACUUUUUCCCCCAUUGAUAAAAAGAGCAACAUCGCUUUAUAAUCAACUUUGACAUGACAUGAUGACAUGAUAAUAUAUCUAUUAGAUUACCCAUAUAGUAAUAGAUUCUAUACUACUAACAUAUCUGUAUACAGUAUAUGUACAGCUAUGAUAAUAAAAGUGAUAUAUUUUUAAGAAA